AUGUCCACUGUCCGAAAUUACGCUGGUCUUCCAGAUCUGGAUCCUGCACCUGAUAUCUAUGAGACUCCAGAGCUUACGGAAGACACAUCCACACACCCUACUGUUACCACCUUCCGCUCCGAAUCUCCUGCAUCCUCCUACCAUGAAGACGAAGACGAAUCCAGCGGGAUUGUGCGUCAUCGCCUAGAUGCAGACGAAGCUCGAACGCAUUUCCUGCCGAUAGGAGAGCGCGACCCCCCAUCUUCAAGUCGAAUCAGCAGCAAACGGAGAUCUUAUCGAUCUUCUAGUAGGAAGAGGCCGAAAGAUGGGCUUGAGAUCAACGGCAUUAUCAAUGGAAUCGAGAUCUCCAGCGACGAGGAAGCGGAGUCGUUGGAGAGGAAGCUCGCACGGCUACGAAAGGAAGUGGCCGAAGUCAAAGGAGAGUUCGCGCAAAGAAGGGCAAAGAAAGAGGAUGGAGCUUCCCAAGAGCCGCAGCAUGAAGCCGAGAACUUGGAUACUUUGGAUCAGAUCCUGGAGAGCGUAGACUCACCUGAUACUGACGGUGGUGCCGGCGCUGCGGGUCGCCUAACAAAGAGACUCGUGGCCACAACAAAACCAGUAGGGACCUCAGUGUACUCACUGGAUGGACCGGGGUCUCGGCCAGCGCAGCAGAACGCAGCCACCUCUACGUAUACAGUCACCUACGCACCCACCUAUCAAGAGGAACAUACGCUCUCCAAGGUAUCUGACUUUGAUUCGCGUUUGACAUUGAUCGAGGCUGCGUUAGGCCUCGAUGCCAUUCCGUUGCCUACACAGGACAGAUCACCCUUGAAAGCCGUUCUUCCAGCCCUGGAUACCUUGGAAAAGCAGUUGUCCACCCUCUCCAAUUCUACGGACACGUCCCUCGAUAAGGUCAGCCGAAAAGUAAGGCAAUUGACGCAAGAUGCGGAGAAGCUCGAGCAAUCCAGGAAAGCCGCGAAAGCAGUGCAAGAAGCUCUCAGUCCCUCGGGCGAAGAGUCUCCUUCGCUGAACGAUCCAGCGAAAGACGCGGACGUUCUUGAAUACGCUGAGCAAAGCUCGAAGAUUAAUGCACUCUACGGCACUCUAUCUACUAUCGAGUCGCUAGCGCCGCUAUUACCAUCCGUACUGGAUAGACUGAGGUCUCUGCGUUUAAUCCACGCUGAUGCUGCAACGGCAAGCCAAACUUUGGCAAAGCUGGAGAUGCAACAAGAGGAUACAAAGCAAGAGCUGCAAGGCUGGUGCGAAGGGUUGAAGAAAGUGGAAAAUGCAAUGAAGCAGGGAGAGCAAACGGUGAAGGGGAACACCGAGACCGUUGAAGGCUGGGUAAAGGAGUUGGAAGAGAGAAUGCGGAAGCUUCAUUCGUGA